AUGGGUAAAGUUUAUUUUCUUACUGGUUCAAAUCGUGGUAUUGGUCUGGAAACUUUGAAGAUUUUAUCAUCUGAUUCUACAAACACAGUCAUUGGUACAGCUCGUGAUUUAUCAAACGCUAAAGAACUGGCUCAAUUAGCUCAAGAGCGUGAUAAUAUCAAAAUUGUCGAACUCGAUGUAUCUUCUCAAGAAUCAAUAAAUCAAUUAAAUUCUCAAUUAGAAUCUGUGGCCCCAGAAGGUAUUGAUACUUUCAUUUCAAAUGCUGCUAUUGCUCAAACUCAUCAGCCAGCAUUAAGUGUUGAAAGAGAUGUUUACUUGAAGCAUUAUAUCACUAAUGUUGUUGGUCCAAUAGAACUAACCAAAGUUUUGAAACCAUACUUAGAUAAAAGAGAGACAAAGCAAAUCAUAUUCAUCUCUUCAAUCGUUGGAUCAUUAUCGAAUUUUGUUCAAAUCUCAACGGCAGCUUAUGGUCAAUCUAAAUCUGCUUUAAAUCAUGCUGUUUUAACAUUAAGUUUUGAAUUGAAAGAUGAUGGCUAUACAAUUGUUGCAGUCCAUCCUGGUGUUGUUUCAAGUGAUAUGUUGAAUCAAGCUAAAAUUGAUUUCAGUGAAUUUCAACCAGAAGCUGCAAAAUUCCUGAAAGACAACUCCAUUACUACUGAGCAAAGUGCAUCCUAUCAAAUCAACAAUGUUUAUCACAAAUUGACUAAGGAAGACAAUGGUAAGUUUUUCAGUUAUGAUGGUUCAGAAAUUCCAUAUUAA